AUGGCUAACACCAAAGCUCGCGGUGUGCUGCAUGACAUUGUGGGGGAAUACAACAGUCGUGUCUUUCAAGGACCUCCGGGACCACCCGGCCCCGCAGGUCCCCCUGGAUACAGCCGGUGGUUUGGUUCCCGUGAAAAUGCCACAGAUCUGUUGGAAUACAUCAAAUCUCAUGGUCUGCUACGUGACUUUGAACGGAACCACAAUGAACGCUCCAUCCAAGGACCACCGGGACCACCUGGCCCUCCAGGUCCCCCCGGAUACAGCAGAUUGUUUGGUUCCCAUGCAAAUGUCACUGAUUUAGUGGAAUACAUCAAAACACAUGGAGCCAUUGUAGGACUGCCUGGGAGACCAGGACAGAAAGGGGAAAUGGGAUUCCCGGGGCCAAAAGGAGAGAGAGGUGAACAAGGGCUUCCUGGACUAGAAGGACCCCAAGGACACAAAGGAGAAUUCUCUCUGCUGACUAAACGGAGGAGGAGGAGGGGCGUUGGUGUAUAAGAGUCAAG